AUGUGCGUCACGCAUGUCACAUGCAAUUCGUCGCUCUCCCUUGCUGUGCCAUAUCCUUGCGCCCCUUCUCCCCUGUAUCGCAUCACACCACGACCUGCCCUGUCUGCUGAUAUUCAGGUGGUCUCUCAGGUGGGGCAUCAGGUGAUUGCAGCAUACGCCACGUGCAUGGGGUUGCCUCUCUUCCGCCGCCGCAUUAAAGGCUUCUCCAAGCACCUGGCCAUGAGGUACAGCACGACAGCAGGGGAUGAGGUGGAGGACAUGGAGGUGCUGCUCAGGGUCGUCAAGAAACACCUCCCAGCCGUGCAAGGCGUGUCAGUGGGAGCGAUAGCAUCAGAUUAUCAAAGGGAGAGGGUGGAGCAUGUGUGUUCGAGACUGGCCCUCACCCCCCUCGCCUACCUGUGGCAGCGACCACAGAAGGCUCUUCUAGAUAAUAUGAUCGCAUCUGGCAUCCACGCUAUUCUCAUCAAGGUGGCAGCACUGGGCCUAAGACCGGAGAAGCAUCUGGGGAAGCGGUUGGAGGAGAUCCGAGGCACCAUGCAUGCGCUCGCAGGCAAGUUUGGAGUGAACGUGUGUGGGGAGGGUGGAGAGUACGAGACACUCACCCUCGACUGCCCUCUCUUUAAGCAUGCGCGCAUAGUGGUGGACAGCUCUCACAUCAUCCUCCACUCGCCAGACCCCGUUGCGCCUGUGGGCGUGCUGCGAAUCACAGCCUUCCACGUGGCACGCAAGACCCAGGACGGGGCUGCUGCUGCUCCUGCUGAUGCUGCUGCUGCUGACGUGGCGCUCCCUCCUCCGGUGAUCAUUGAUGCCAAUGACGAGGAUGCUCUUAACGAGGAUGACAAUGGCACUGCAGUGGUGCCAGCAAGGGGAGCAGCAGGCAGGGAUUCAGCAGAGGGAGGAGAGGGAGGCAAAGGAGAUGGAGUGCGGGUGGCAGUGACGGUGCAGCGGCAUGGGUUCACCCUCAUUGCAUGCGACACAGAGGGGCAUGAUGCAAAUGGUAAGAGUGGUGCUGAGGAUAAGGAUGAUGGUGAGGGUGCCAGAGAUGAUCUGGCCUCCCAUCUCUCCAUCGCCCUCUCCUCCGUCUCCCACUCCCUCCGCUCCCUCUCUCUCUCCUGGGCCCACGCCCUCUACGUGCACCUGUACCUCGCUGACAUGGCGCAGUUCGGCGCCGCCAACUCAGCGUACGUGCGCCACAUCACCGAGGCCGAGUGUGUGGACGGCGUGCCGUCGCGGUCCACUGUGGAGCUGCCACUUGGCGCGUCGUCAUUGGGCGGCAGCGGGGGAAGCAGCACGGAAGGUUCUCGGAAGGGAUGCAGUGUUGCAGUUGACGUGCUGGCAUGGGGCAGGGGGGCAAGCAGUGUGGGACGAGGAGAAGGAGAAGACGGGGGAGGGAGUGGUGGAGAGGAAGGGGGGGAGCAGCAGGAGGGACAGGGGCGGCAGGAGCAGCAGCAGGAUGGGGGAGUGAGACAGCACGGAACGAGGCAGCGGGGGGAGAAGCACGUGGUGCAUGUGAAGGGUGUGUCGUGCUGGGCACCCUCCUGCAUCGGCCCUUACAGCCAGGGCGUGUCCUGCUGGGCGCCCUCCUGCAUCGGCCCCUACAGCCAGUGCACGAGCCACAAGGGAGUGCUGUGGAUGGCGGGUCAGCUGGGUCUAGACCCGCCAGUUAUGGAGCUGGUGGUGGCAGGGGGGGCGAGGAGACAGGCAGAGGAGACAGGCAGACAGAGCGCUGAGAAAAUGCAACCAUUGCACGAGCCCCAACGGGGUGCUGUGGAUGGCGGGUCAGCUGGGUCUAGACCCGCCCGUUAUGGAGCUAGUGGGGGGGGGGGGAAGGGAUUUUGGCGAGGAGACAAGCAGGCAGACAGGGCGCUGAGGAGCUGCGAGCUCAUAGAAUUUCUGCUCACCCUUCCCCAUCUCCCCUCCUUCCCCCCCGUCCCCCAGAGCACGAGUUUCAAUGGGAGCACGAGCCACAAUGGAGUGCUGUGGAUGGCGGGGCAGCUGGGUCUAGACCCGCCCGUUAUGGAGUUGGUCGGGGGAGGGGCGAGGCAGCAGGCAGAGAGGGCGCUGAGAAGCUGCGAGGCUGUUGCUGCAGUGGUGAAGGGGAGAGGGGGGGCUGUUGGGUGGGGGAAGGGCGGGGGCGAGAGUGAGGAGGAGGGGAGUUGGGGGGAAGGGAGUGGAGGGGGAGCGAGUGGCGGGAGAGGAAGUGGGGGAGAGGGGUGGAGGAAAUGGGUUCGGAAGGGGUGUUUGAGUGUUGGGAGGGACUGUAUCGCGAUGACAGUGUAUUUGGCAAGGGAUGUGGGUGUUGGGGAGAGAGAGGAGGUGGCACGGGCAGUUGAGGAGUUUUUUGCAGCUUCCCGGAGGAAGAGGAGGGAGAUUUGGGCAGCAGUAGGAAGUGGGACGGGGACAAGUGGGGAGGGGGGCGGAGAAGAGGGAAACGGGGAGAAUGGAGGUGGAGGAGGGAAAGGGGGUUGUGAAGGAAGAGAAGAGGGUAAAGGUGAGGGGGUGUGGGGUGUGGGGCGAUGGUGGGUGGUGGGGCAUGGAGGGAAAGAGGACAGGGAGGAGAAGGGUGGGGAAGGAGAGGGGAGAGAGGAGGAGGAGGAGGAGGAGGAGGAGGAGGAGGAGGAGGAGGAGGAGGAGGAGGAGGAGGAGGAGGAGGAGGAGGAGGAGGAGGAGGAGGAGGAGGAGAUGGAGGGGGAGGAGAGCGAAGAAGAGCAGGAGGAGUCAGAGGGAGUGAUAGCAGCCGAUCCGCUGCUGCAGUUUGUGGUGGUACCGGGACUGCCUAAGGGGGCUGCUGUUGAAAUUGCUCCUCUCCUUGCCGCCCCGUCUCUCUCCUCCUCCACCUCCUCUGCCACCUCAGCUGCCCCGUGGCCGAGUUCCCUCACCCCCCUGCACCUCCUUUCCACGUCAGCAUCUUGCCACGUGUCAAACACAGCCGGCCACACGUCAGCUCUAGGGAAUCAGCUGGCAGAGAUGAGCUUGCGCGAAGCAAAGGAAGGGCGCGAGUCAGCAGAGGAAGACAAAAAGACAGGGGCAAAUGAGGUUGACAGAGUUGUUGGUGAUGCGGCAGACACAGACAGGCAGAGAGGGGCAGAGGUCACAGAGAGUGUGGCAGAGGAGGCAGCCGGGAGGAGAGAGGGAGACAAGGGGACGAUGCAGAGGAGAGUGGCAGAGGGGGGAGUGGCAGAGGGGGGAGUGGCAGUGGGGGGAGUGGCAGCGGGGGAAGGGGCGGAGGGGGUGAGCAUUGCCGGGCGGGGCAUGGCAGCAGCAGGGGCGUUCUGUCGCGUGCACCUGUGGGUGGAACAGGCUAGGGGGGCGCAGAGGGGAGGGUGUGAUACCAACCUCUCUGUUGCUCCCUGUGCGGGGGGGACAGGGAGCCAUGGUGACAGAGCAGGGAGUGAAGCUGGAGGGGAAGGGGAGGGCAUGGAGUCAUGUGCUGAUGGCAGCUUAGCGGAUAGGGUUGCUGGUGAAUGUGUCCGAGUGCUAUCAGAUGCCCUCCACGUGGCACGACUUGAUUGGCCCGAUGUUGCGAUGUUCCGUGUGUAUGUGUCGGCAGGAGGGCCAAUCCCCAUUCCUGCCCUGUCACUCGCCCUCAAGACUCAUCUUUCCAAGUCCUCGCACAACCGAGCGCAGUCCCUACCCUCCCAUGAAUCACCUGCUUCAAGCCAACAGCAUGGCCCUUCUGCUACUGCUACUGCUGCUGCUGCUGCUGCUGCUGCUGCUGCUGUGCCUUGCCCAAUAGUGGUGCCAGUGGCAGCAGUGGGGCCCACAGCUGCUGCUGAUGCUCUCCUGGCAGUGGAAAUGACAGCUUUUGGGGCAUGA